GAGAUAGAUACCAAUAAUUUUUUUCCUAACUUUAUUUGCCUCUUGAUCCAGGCUUGCAGGGGGACUGCUUUUGAUACCGGCACCAGUAUGCAAGCUGACGACGCUGGAGAUGUGUUGGUUCACAAAAUUCCCGUUGAAGCUGACAUUCUAGUGGCGAAUUCUACUGUUCCAGGUUAUUAUGCCUGGCGCAAUGCAUCAGUUGGCAGCUGGUUCAUUCAGGAGCUCUGUAAUGUAUUGGACACUGACUCUAGACAGCCAGUGCCGACCGAUGUGCUCUGCCUACUAACCGUGGUGGCUCGCAAAGUCGCUUUGAUCUACGAGUCAAAAACUGGACAACCAGGUUCCGAUGGUAUGAAACAGAUGCCUAGUCUAGUCAGCACCUUAAUGCGUCGCGUCUACCUGACCGGAAGUUCACCGGCGCCUUCUGACAGAUCUAAUUAG